AUGGCAGCAGGCUCCAGGAAACGUAGGAGGGCCAAUGGACGGCUCGCGUCGCCGCCGUUGGGUCCUUCGCCUCUCCUGACACGCAACCUGCAGUUGCUGCCGGUCGGCCUCACUCGUCUUCCGAGCGACGUGCACUUUGUCUCACAGCUUCGCAACGACAUUGGCGAGCUCCUGUCCGCGUUUGCAGAAGCUCUUCUUCUCUUCGUCGUCCAGUCCGACGGAUCUACGGGUAGCCGCCAAGAUAAUGGAGGCCAAGGGGACCGGCCGGUAGCAUCCGCAUUCUCGAUCUUUGCCUCUCUGUGGCGCCGCAAAGGAUGGCACUAUGCUCAAUUUGCGUUCGGAGAUCAUACGGAUAGCAAGCAGGCAUUUGGCGAGGCAAUUUGCCGCGCGCUGCUCGAACAUCUGUCUCCCCAUGUCGAUCGCCGAAAUGGCUUCAUGGCCCAAGCUCAAAAUGGCGAGGAAGCCGUCACCUUUACCGACCUCAGGCAGCUGUUCGAGGCGUACGGAGUCCCGUUGGCGCUGUAUGUAUUCUGGUCGACACAGAUGUACUGUGAUUCGGGCACCGGUGUCAAGCACUGCCGCCCAGCCAUGGAGCGGAUUGCCAUCGAACAGGACUACUACGACUGGCUGCUCGAGCUACCUCAAGCCGUUCUGAAGCAUCUUGAAGCCGAGCCCAGGACGCAACGCGAUGCUCACAUCAUCACGGCCGACCUCGUCGAGGUCCUUUGCCGGCUGACUGGCUCAACGCCCGACGACGACCCAGGCGACGGCGCGGCAGCUGCAGGAAGUGACGGCGCUCGUGGUCAAGGCGCUAAAACGCGACGUACUGCCCGCAAAACUUCGGAUGAACCAAAGCGUCGGCGACCGGAGGCAAGGAAGGCCGAAUCGCGCAGCGUAUACGAUCGCGCGGACACCGUCUUCGACAUCGUUUCAGCAUCUCGAUUCUACACGCGCAUGCCGCGAACCUGGCCGUCGGUUCGCGUCGUGUCGACACUCGAGGCCAACAAGGAAUUUGGACGACUCGGACAGAUUGUCAGGAUUCAACCGACGAGCACCCGCGACGCUGGCAGCCCUGAUCAGGUGCCGACUGAAUCUUCUCGCAGUGGAGUUACCGACGCAGAGCGCCAAGACGUCUCGGAAGAAGCUAGAAAAGUUGUAGCCGGACUGUCACGCGGGGAUGUGGUUCGUCUCAAAGCGCGACAGCGCCUUGCACUUGCGUCGCUCGACCUUUCGAAGCUGGCGGAGCAGACGCACUCUGGCGAGAGCAGCUCCAAUACGGCCAUGCGGCAGAUCGACGCGUCGGAACUUCUCGCCGAAACGGCAGAAGGCAGUGGAGACAGUCCGUCCAGACAACGGGCGAGGUACGAGAUCCAAACGCCCGCAUGGAUCAGCAGCGCCAAAUACACGGCCAAGAUGAAGCCGUGGCUGGAGCAGGCAUCGACGCCGAUGCAGCAGUCGCUGGAACGUGUGGCGAGCAGCAGCCAGAAAUACGCAGAGGCACGCAGCAGGAUCAUGCCUUCGUCUCAAACACACAACGCCGAUCGCGCGGGCGAGGCCGAGCAAGCGUCAGUAGAUCAGGAUCAGCCGGCUGUCCAAACUGACUUUGGCCAGUACGUGCUGCAGAGCUUCCGAGCAGAACGACAGGGCCGUGGCAGCGCAACAGCAGCGAACGAGGCAUCGCAAGAUGCUACGGGGGGAGCCGAGAGCAGUGCAUCGACAGCAGGCGUUACUGUGGAUGAUACCGGCAGUCUAAGUCUCGAGUCACUCUACCGACUGGCGGCGGAACGCACCAAGACCGAGGCAGUGGCCAGAGGCGAGACGCUCAAGUCUUUGCGCGCGCGCACUAACCGCCAUCCCUAG